AUGAACAAUUGCUUGGUGGUUUACAUUGAAAAGGAAGUUUUUGCUACAAUUGAAAAUGAAGAUAUCAUUGAACACUUUCAGAAUAUAUCGAAGCGGAAAAUCGUGUUAAAUGAAGAUUCAGAUAAAGGUAAGCAAAGUGGCGGGGAUUCUUUUGUUCUUGCUGGGUUUCGCAAUUGGAAGAGACUUGAAAAUUUUAAAUAUCAUAUUGGAGGUCCUAACAGUUAUCAUAACCAAACUGUGAAAAAUUGUCAAGAUUUGGUGAACCAAAAGCAGCAUCUAUGGCAAAAAAGGAUACAAAUAUUGAGAGACUUUUUUUUGAAAGUUUCUUGUGUGAUAAAUAUUGUUGGAUGGUCACCUAGACGUAGGGAUCUUCUUAAUGAGAAACAAGCUUUGAAGGUGAAAAAAGCUAUUAAAAGUGGUGAGCUUUCAACAGGGCAAGGUCUUAAUCAAGAUACUAGUCUUAAGCGGCUAGGGGAAACAUGGUGGGGUUCACAUUAUAAGACUUUAUUGAGCUUGAUUAAUUUGUUUUCAUCUGUUAUUGAAGUGCUUGAGGAUCUUACUGAAAAUUCUGAUAAUAGAGUUGAAGCAAGUGAUUUGGUGGAUUAUAUGACUUCUUUUGAUUUUGCUUUUAACCUGCACAUGAUGAAAAACAUUUUGGGAAUCACAUUUGAACAUUCACAAGCAUUGCAAAGGAAGGAUCAAGAUAUUAUAAAUGAUAUGUCUUUGAGAUCGCAGCGUAAUGUUCAAGAGAUGACAAAUUUAUUUCAUUAUCGUGUUGAGUUGUUCUAUGCCAUAAUAGAUUUGCAACUAUCAGAGCUUAACAAUCGUUUUAAUGAAGGUAAUACAAAAUUACUUAUUUGCAUGGCCUCCCUAAAUCCAAGUGAUUGCUUUCAAGCAUUUGAUAAGGGAAAAUUAGUUGGUUUUGCUCAAUUUUAUCCACUUGAAUUUUCUUCUACUGAUCUUAUGGCACUUGAACUUCAACUUGAUAAUUACAUUGAUGAUAUGCGCUCAAAUAGUGAUUUUUCAAAACUAAAUGAUAUUAUCAUUCUUGCUCAGAAAAUGGUUGAAAAGAAGAAGCAUCUUAUUUACUCAUUGGUAUAUUUGUUCAUCACACUUUACCAAUUGCAACUGUAA